CCCGGGAAGCCGGCCGGCCUGGGGUUCGCUCCCGGGGGAGGGCAGUUUCGGGGGUCCCGGGCGGGGGAGUCGGGAGCAAGAGGGGAGGGGGCGGCGGGUUUUCAUGUGCCCAGCAUGAGCUCCUACUUCGUCAACCCCCUGUUCUCCAAGUACAAAGGCGGCGAGUCCCUGGAGCCGGCCUAUUACGACUGCCGCUUCCCGCAGAGCGUGGGCCGGAGCCAUGCGCUGGUGUACGGGCCCGGCGGCUCGGCGCCCGGCUUCCAGCACGCCUCGCACCACGUCCAAGACUUCUUCCACCACGGCACCUCGGGCAUCUCCAACUCGGGCUACCAGCAGAACCCGUGCUCGCUGAGCUGCCACGGAGACGCCUCCAAAUUCUAUGGCUACGAGGCGCUCCCCAGACAGUCCCUUUAUGGGGCUCAGCAAGAGGCGAGCGUGGUGCAAUAUCCCGACUGUAAAUCCUCCGCCAACACUAACAGUAGCGAAGGACAAGGCCACUUAAAUCAAAACUCGUCUCCCAGCCUCAUGUUUCCAUGGAUGAGACCCCACGCUCCGGGGCGGCGCAGCGGAAGGCAAACUUACAGCCGGUAUCAGACCUUGGAACUAGAAAAGGAGUUUCUCUUUAAUCCUUAUUUGACACGAAAGCGCCGGAUUGAAGUCUCUCACGCCCUGGGACUGACUGAGAGACAAGUGAAGAUCUGGUUCCAGAACCGAAGGAUGAAGUGGAAAAAGGAGAAUAACAAGGAUAAACUACCCGGAGCCCGAGAUGAGGAGAAGGUGGAGGAAGAAGGAAACGAGGAAGAGGAGAAAGAAGAGGAGGAAAAGGAAGAAAACAAGGACUGAGCAAAAAAGAGAGACACCCCCCCCCCGCCCUUAGCAACUCCCUUGAAGUUUCGUUUUAUGGUAGCGGAUAAAUUGAGAAGUUUACGACUGUCAUUUGCUUUUAUAGAGAAUAGAAUGACACUCACAACUCUAACUACCUUUCAGAUACUUGCAGCUCUGGUUUUAUUACCUUUGGACUUCCCUCGAUCUUUAUUUGUUUGGGGGCUGGAGGGGGGAGAUGGAGACAGUACGGAAAGUUCCGAGUCUCUGUCGUAGUCUUUGCCCCAACACACACACUUGUCCCUCCCCCUACCCUCCCAAGUCCUGCCUGGAUUUUAAGGUCUGAGAGAGACCUGGCCUCUUUGCCCCCUCUCCCGGCCCCUUCUUGCCACACUCCCACCUCCCUACUUCUCUGAUAGUUAUUUUAGAGGGGAGCCCCCCUCAAAAUGUGGAAGAAGACUCGUGGCUUUGUUUUCAUGCUUGGAUUAGUGUAUUAGAUUUACUUUUUUAUUUUCAAAGGAAAGAAAAAGUGAAGGAAGGAAAGGAAAGGAAAGGGAAGAUGUUUAAAGACAUUUUUCAAAUGAUAGCGAGGAAUAUCCUCUCUCCUUCCCUGGGGCUCCCUGCUUAGACAGACCCCCUUGACUUUCUCUAGGAACCUGGUGGAAACCUGAAGGAGAUGGGGGUCUCCCCCUCCCCCCUCUCUUUCCACAGGGUAGAUAGAUGCCUGUAGUCACUGCUAAGAUCCUACCUAGCCAUCCCAUGGUCACUCGGGCCCAUGCCUUCCCCCCCUUCGCUGUCUGAUUUCUGUUGUUGGGCCCACAUUCCUCUGAGCUGCAUCAGUGUUAGCGCUCAGAAACCACCAUGAUCAUGAAAACAAUAAUGGUGAUAGUAAUAAUAAUACUGAUAAUAAAUCUUUAACAUACUACCUAAAGGGAACCUGCAAUAACCUUAAAAACACAAAAAAGAGAGAAAUUUUAAAAAAUCCUGAUACAGGAUAAAAAAAAGAGAAAAAGUUAAAAUAAAAAAAAGAAAGAAACUUCCAACAUAUUUUAUCACUACCUAUAGAAAGAAAUCCUGCUUUGAGAGUAUUUGUAAUGCGGUUUUGUUGUCGUUUGUUGCUGCUUAUUUCACUAAGAAAAACCCAACAACUGAGACUGCCUAGCCCGCCGGUCCUGUGCGCUUUUAUUGUGCUUCUAACCCCAGUAGAGUAGAACUAAAUUGCACUGAAUGUAUAGUUAACUCUGUCUUGAAUUCUCUGUUUAUGCAAUGUGCUCGAAAGAAAAAAAAUGUUAAAAAUAUAUCUAUAAUAAUAAUUUUUGGUCAUUUGUCUUUAUGUCCAGCUAUGAAUGUAGAUUUUGUGUCUCGGCAGCCCUGUUUCUGGUCCAAGUACUUUGUAUUGUAUACGUGAGUCAUAAUUAAAAAAAAGGAGAAAAA